UAUCUUCCGAUAUCUUCCGAUAUCUUCCACGGAUCUUUUGAUAUAUUACCACUCCAACGGCUCUUUUGACAUUCUCGAGAGGCCAUUAGGUCCUUCCGCAUCCGUCAGCCGUCACCCUCUGCAUGUGCAAAGCUCAAUCGACCAUCCGCCUGCGAAGCAAUCGCAGAAAUGAAAUGGCCGACACCUAUGGGUCUGCCAAGAAGAAUGCUUCGAGACCAUCAGGUCAGCAGUCUCACCUUCCGCGGGUGUGAAACCCUAGCCCUUCAAAAACAAUUGUUCCUAAAUUUUCAGGCAGUAGAUAAGGUUUUGGAAUGACCUAUUUGUAGUACGUAAAGCAAGGCUUUGAAAUUAUUCAACCAAAUUGUUUUGACCUUAAAAGCUCUUGCGGAAGUUCACAAUCAUGGAAGCCAAGGCACAUUCAUUGCAAGAAUUCCAGUUUGACGUUUUUCUGGCAAGAGUCACUAGAAGUUUUGCAAAACUGACAAUGAUCUGGACCAUUUCUCUGCUUUAAAGUUGUAAGAUUUGGACUUUUAGUAACCCGAGAUUUGCCCAUCGUGAGAAGGCAAUCAACAGAACACUCUUGGAUGAAGAAAUGCAGGAUGCUUGAGAGAUGUUACAUGAUAAAUGCAGGAUAAACUAAUUCAAAAGAAGCCCAAUCGAAAAGGUCCAAAUGUGAGUAGUCUACUGGCCGGAUAAUUCGGAUUUGUCUAAUCUGAGUAUAGUAUCGUGAGAUAACCGAAGUCUCCAACACCAAAUGUUUCGCCAAGUCCUUACCAAGCAGCAGAAUUCUCAACUGAAUUCUUGGUAAGCACAUAAUGGUGCGAGUGAUAGCUUGAACCUGCUGAUGGUACCCCUUGAUGGGACACAGUCUUGCUAGAAAUCUGAGGUUCAAGUUGAUAGAGCAGUAGAGAAGAUUUCGGCAGGAGUUAUAUGGGGAGUGAUGGCACUAGAAGAAGUACGUUCCAAGCAUAGUUUAGAAAUUAUGCAACCAAAUUGUUCAGAUGAACAAAUGAAGGCCAAUACGAGAGAUCAAAAUAACUAUUGUUCUACUGGAUGAAAUGCCAAAGAAGCCUGAAUCUUUUAAAUGAAAAAAGGAAAAGGAACUGUUAAAUCUUGAGUUCGAAUUUGCCAUCAGGAUAGGGAAGGCGUGUAUCGAAGAAAUUGUUUUUGAAGAAGAAAUGGAUACAAAAACCUAUAAAAUAAAGAAAAGAACAAAUAAAAAAGAAAAUAAAAAAGCCAAAAAAAAAGAAAACAAAAAAGAAAACAAAUACAAAAAAAGGCGAAAAAACAAAACAAAAACACAUUUCCCUGUGCUGUUGCUUUAUUCAUGAGGUGUGAAAGCCUAGCCCUGCGAAAACAAUUGUUCCUAAAGCAGCAGAGAAGGUUUUGGAAUGAGCUAUUUAUAGAGUGAUGGCAUUGAACUAGUACGUUAAGCAAGGCUUUGAAAUAAUUCAACUAAAUUGUUUUGACCUUAUAAGUUUUUGUGGAAGUUCACAAUCAUGGAAGCCAAGGCACAUUCAUUGCACGAAAUCCAGUUUGACGUUUCUUUGGCAAGAGUCACUAGAAGGGUUGCUAAACUGACAAUGAUCUGGACCAUUUCUCUGCUUUAAAGUUGUAAGAUUUGGACUUUUAGUAACCCGAGAUUUGCCCAUCAUGAGAAGGCAAUCAAGAGCACACUCUUGGAUGAAGAAAUGCAGGAUGCUUGAGAGAUGUUACAUGAUAAAUGCAGGAUAAACUAAUUCAAAAGAAGCCCAAUCUAAAAGGUCCAAUUGUUUCGUGAGAUAACCGAAGUCUCCAACACCAAAUAUUUUGCCAAGUCUUACCUAGCAGCAGAAUUCUUGGUAAGCACAUAUUGGUGCGAGUGAUAGCUUGAACCUGAUGAUGAUACCCCAUGAUGGGACACAGUCUUGCUAGAAAUCUGAGGUUCAAGUUCCUAGAGGAGUAGAGAAGAUUUUGGCAAGAGUUAUAUGGGGAGUGAUGGCACUAAAAGAAGUACAUUCCAAGCAUAGUUUAGAAAUUAUGCAACUAAAUUGUUCGGAUGAACAAAUGAAGGCCAAUACGAGAGAUCAAAAUAAGAAGUGUUCUACUGGAUGGAAUGCCAAUGAAGCCUGAAUCUUUUAAAUGAAAAGGAAAAGGAAAUGUUAAAUCUUGAGUUCGAAAUUGCAUUAGGAGAGGGAAGGCGUGUACCGAUGAAAUUGUUUUUGACGAAAAAAUGGAUACAAAAACCAAAAAAAAAAAAAGAAAAGAACAAAAAAAAACAGAAAAGCAAAAAAAAGAAUAGAGAACAAAAAUGCAAAAAAAAAAAAUAGAAAACCAAAAAAAAAGAAAACAAAUACAAAAAAAAGGUGAAAUAAAAAAAACAAAAACUUAUGUCCCAGUGCUGUUGCUUUGUUCAUGAGGUGUGAAAGCCUAUCCAUGCGAAAACAAUUGUGCACAUUCAUUGCAAGAAUUCCAGUUUGACGUUUUUUUUUGGCAAGAGUCACUAAAGGGUUGCAAAACUGACAAUGAUCUGGACCAUUUCUCUGCUUUAAAGUUGUAAGAUUUGGACUUUUAGUAACCCGAGAUUUGCCCAUCGUGAGAAGGCAAUCAAGAGCACACUCUGGGAUGAAGAAACGCAAGAUGCUUGAGAGUUGUUACAUGAUAAAUGCAGGUGUAUAUAUAUGUUAUGCCUUUGUUCUUUUUAGGCGCCUCUAGUCAUAACAUUUCUGUUUAAAAAUAGAAUGGUGGGUAUUAACAAGUGUUAUACCAUGUUAUAAUUCCUGAGUUGUAUCAAUAAAAAAUUAUCUUCCGUUUGUUUACUAUUACUUGUCCUACAUGAACAUUUUUCUUUUGUGCCUAUUGAUUUUGUUUUUCUAAACAGGAUAAACUAAUUCAAAAGUAGCCCAAUCGAAAAGGUCCAAAUGUGUGUAGUCUACUGGCUGGAUGAUUCGGAUUUGCCUAAUCUGAGUAUAGUUUCGUGAGAAACCGAAGUCUCAUCACCAAAUGUUUCGCCAAGUCUUACCUAGCAGCAGAAUUCUUGGUAGGCACAUAUUGGUGCCAGUGAUAGCUUGAACCUGCUGAUGGGUACCCCUUGAUGGGACACAGUCUUGCUAGAAAACUGAGGUUCAAGUUCCUAGAGGAGUAGAGAAGAUUUCGGCAGGAGUUAUAUGGGGAGUGAUGGCACUAGAAGAAGUACGUUCCAAGCAUAGUUUAGAAAUUAUGCAACUAAAUUGUUCAGAUGAACAAAUGAAGGCCAAUACGAGAGAUCAAAAUAAGAAGUGUUCUACUGGAUGGAAUGCCAAUGAAGCCUGAAUCUUUUAAAUGAAAAGGAAAAGGAAAUGUUAAAUCUUGAGUUCGAAAUUGCAUUAGGAGAGGGAAGGCGUGUACCGAUGAAAUUGUUUUUGACGAAAAAAUGGAUACAAAAACCAAAAAAAAAAAGAAAAGAACAAAAAAAAAAACAGAAAAGCAAAAAAAAAAGAAUAGAGAACAAAAAUGCAAAAAAAAAAAAAUAGAAAACCAAAAAAAAAGAAAACAAAUACAAAAAAAAGGUGAAAUAAAAAAAACAAAAACUUAUGUCCCAGUGCUGUUGCUUUGUUCAUGAGGUGUGAAAGCCUAUCCAUGCGAAAACAAUUGUGCACAUUCAUUGCAAGAAUUCCAGUUUGACGUUGUUUUUGGCAAGAGUCACUAAAGGGUUGCAAAACUGACAAUGAUCUGGACCAUUUCUCUGCUUUAAAGUUGUAAGAUUUGGACUUUUAGUAACCCGAGAUUUGCCCAUCGUGAGAAGGCAAUCAAGAGCACACUCUGGGAUGAAGAAACGCAAGAUGCUUGAGAGUUGUUACAUGAUAAAUGCAGGUGUAUAUAUAUGUUAUGCCUUUGUUCUUUUUAGGCGCCUCUAGUCAUAACAUUUCUGUUUAAAAAUAGAAUGGUGGGUAUUAACAAGUGUUAUACCAUGUUAUAAUUCCUGAGUUGUAUCAAUAAAAAAUUAUCUUCCGUUUGUUUACUAUUACUUGUCCUACAUGAACAUUUUUCUUUUGUGCCUAUUGAUUUUGUUUUUCUAAACAGGAUAAACUAAUUCAAAAGUAGCCCAAUUGUGCACAUUCAUUGCAAGAAUUCCAGUUUGACGUUUUUUUUGGCAAGAGUCACUAAAGGGUUGCAAAACUGACAAUGAUCUGGACCAUUUCUCUGCUUUAAAGUUGUAAGAUUUGGACUUUUAGUAACCCGAGAUUUGCCCAUCGUGAGAAGGCAAUCAAGAGCACACUCUGGGAUGAAGAAACGCAAGAUGCUUGAGAGUUGUUACAUGAUAAAUGCAGGUGUAUAUAUAUGUUAUGCCUUUGUUCUUUUUAGGCGCCUCUAGUCAUAACAUUUCUGUUUAAAAAUAGAAUGGUGGGUAUUAACAAGUGUUAUACCAUGUUAUAAUUCCUGAGUUGUAUCAAUAAAAAAUUAUCUUCCGUUUGUUUACUAUUACUUGUCCUACAUGAACAUUUUUCUUUUGUGCCUAUUGAUUUUGUUUUUCUAAACAGGAUAAACUAAUUCAAAAGUAGCCCAAUCGAAAAGGUCCAAAUGUGUGUAGUCUACUGGCUGGAUGAUUCGGAUUUGCCUAAUCUGAGUAUAGUUUCGUGAGAAACCGAAGUCUCAUCACCAAAUGUUUCGCCAAGUCUUACCUAGCAGCAGAAUUCUUGGUAGGCACAUAUUGGUGCCAGUGAUAGCUUGAACCUGCUGAUGGGUACCCCUUGAUGGGACACAGUCUUGCUAGAAAACUGAGGUUCAAGUUCCUAGAGGAGUAGAGAAGAUUUCGGCAGGAGUUAUAUGGGGAGUGAUGGCACUAGAAGAAGUACGUUCCAAGCAUAGUUUAGAAAUUAUGCAACUAAAUUGUUCAGAUGAACAAAUGAAGGCCAAUACGAGAGAUCAAAAUAAGAAGUGUUCUACUGGAUGGAAUGCCAAUGAAGCCUGAAUCUUUUAAAUGAAAAGGAAAAGGAAAUGUUAAAUCUUGAGUUCGAAAUUGCAUUAGGAGAGGGAAGGCGUGUACCGAUGAAAUUGUUUUUGACGAAAAAAUGGAUACAAAAACCAAAAAAAAAAAGAAAAGAACAAAAAAAAAAACAGAAAAGCAAAAAAAAAAGAAUAGAGAACAAAAAUGCAAAAAAAAAAAAAUAGAAAACCAAAAAAAAAGAAAACAAAUACAAAAAAAAGGUGAAAUAAAAAAAACAAAAACUUAUGUCCCAGUGCUGUUGCUUUGUUCAUGAGGUGUGAAAGCCUAUCCAUGCGAAAACAAUUGUGCACAUUCAUUGCAAGAAUUCCAGUUUGACGUUUUUUUUGGCAAGAGUCACUAAAGGGUUGCAAAACUGACAAUGAUCUGGACCAUUUCUCUGCUUUAAAGUUGUAAGAUUUGGACUUUUAGUAACCCGAGAUUUGCCCAUCGUGAGAAGGCAAUCAAGAGCACACUCUGGGAUGAAGAAACGCAAGAUGCUUGAGAGUUGUUACAUGAUAAAUGCAGGAUAAACUAAUUCAAAAGUAGCCCAAUCGAAAAGGUCCAAAUGUGUGUAGUCUACUGGCUGGAUGAUUCGGAUUUGCCUAAUCUGAGUAUAGUUUCGUGAGAAACCGAAGUCUCAUCACCAAAUGUUUCGCCAAGUCUUACCUAGCAGCAGAAUUCUUGGUAGGCACAUAUUGGUGCCAGUGAUAGCUUGAACCUGCUGAUGGGUACCCCUUGAUGGGACACAGUCUUGCUAGAAAACUGAGGUUCAAGUUCCUAGAGGAGUAGAGAAGAUUUCGGCAGGAGUUAUAUGGGGAGUGAUGGCACUAGAAGAAGUACGUUCCAAGCAUAGUUUAGAAAUUAUGCAACUAAAUUGUUCGGAUGAACAAAUGAAGGCCAAUACGAGAGAUCAAAAUAAGAAGUGUUCUACUGGAUGGAAUGCCAAUGAAGCCUGAAUCUUUUAAAUGAAAAGGAAAAGGAAAUGUUAAAUCUUGAGUUCGAAAUUGCAUUAGGAGAGGGAAGGCGUGUACCGAUGAAAUUGUUUUUGACGAAAAAAUGGAUACAAAAACCUAAAAAAAAAGAAAAGAACAAAAAAAAAGAAAACAGAAAAGCAAAAAAAAAAAGAAUAGAGAACAAAAAAGCAAAAAAAAAAAUAGAAAACCAAAAAAAAAGAAAACAAAUACAAAAAAAAGGUGAAAUAAAAAAAACAGAAACUUAUGUCCCAAUGGUGUUGCUUUGUUCAUGAGGUGUGAAAGCCUAUCCAUGCGAAAACAAUUGUGCCUAAAUUUUCAGGCAGUACAGAAUGUUCUGGAAUGAGCUAUUUGUAGAGUGAUGACACUGAAGUAGUACGUUAAGAAAGGCUUUGAAAUUAUUCAACUAAAUUGUUUUGACCUUAAAUGUUCUUGCGAAAGUUCACAAUCAUGGAAGCCAAGGCACAUUCAUUGCUAGAAUUCCAGUUUGACGUUUUUUUGGCAAGAGUCACUAAAAGGGUUGCAAAACUGACAAUGAUCUGGACCAUUUUUUCUGCCUUAAAGUUGUAAGAUUUGGACUUUUAGUAACCUGAGAUUUGCCCAUCGUGAGAAGGCAAUCAAGAGCACACUCUGGGAUGAUGAAACGCAGGAUGCUUGAGAGAUGUUACAUGAUAAAUGCAGGAUAACAGGAUAAACUAAUUCAAAAGAAGCCCAAUCGAAAAGGUCCAAAUGUGAGUAGCCUACUGGCUGGAUGAUUCAGAUUUGCCUAAUCUGAGUAUAGUUUCGUGAGAUAACCGAAGUCUCCAACACCAAAUGUUUCGCCAAGUCUUACCUGCUGAUGGUACCCCUUGAUGGGUCAGUCUUGCUAGAAAUACGAGGUUCAAGUUUCUAGGCAGUAGAGAAGAUUUUGGUAGGAGUUAUAUGGGGAGUGAUGGCACUGGAAAAAGUACGUUCCAAGCAUAGUAUAGAAAUUAUGCAACUUAAUUGUUCGGCAGUAGAGAAGGUUCUGGAAUGAGCUAUUUCUAGAGUGAUGGCACUGAAGUUGUACGGACCUUAAAAGUUCUUGCGGAAGUUCACAAUCAUGGAAGCCAAGGCACAUUCAUUGCAAGAAUUCCAGUUUGACGUUUUUUUGGCAAGAGUGACUAGAAGGGUUGCAAAACUGACAAUGAUCUGGACCAUUUUUCUGCUUUAAAGUUGUAAGAUUUGGACUUUUAGUAACCUGAGAUUUGCCCAUCGUGAGAAGGCAAUCAAGAGCACACUCUUGGAUGAAGAAAUGCAGGAUGCUUGAGAGAUGUUACAUGACAAAUACCGGUGAUAGCUUGGAUCAAGAGCAGAAUUCUUAGUAAGCGCAUAUUGGUGCCGGUGAUAGCUUGAACCUGCUGAUGGCACCCCUUGAUGGGACACAGUCUUGCUAGAAAUCUGAAGUUCAAGUUCCUAGAGCAGUAGAGAAGAUUUUGGUAGGAGUUAUAUGGGGAGUGAUGGCACUAGAAGAAGUACGUUCCAAGCAUAGUUUAGAAAUUAUGCAACUAAAUUGUUCGGAUGAACAAAUGAAGGCCAAUACGAGAGAUCAAAAUAAGAAGUGUUCUACUGGAUGGAAUGCCAAAGAAGCUUGAAUCUUUUAAAUGAAAAGGAAAAGGAAAUGUUAAAUCUUGAGUUCGAAAUUGCCAUCAGGAGAGGGAAAGGCGUGUACCGAUGAAAUUGUUUUUGAUGAAAAUAUGGAUACAAAAACCUAAAAAAAGAAAAGAUAAAAAAAAAAAUAGAAAACAAAAAUGCAAAAAGAAAAAAAAACAAAAAAAGAAAACAAAUACAAAAAAAAACGGCGAAAAAACAAACAAAACAAAAACACAUGUCCCAGUGCUGUUGCUUUGUUCAUGAGGUGUGAAAGCCUAGCCCUGCGACAACAAUUGUUCCUAAAUUUUCAGGCAGUAGAGAAGGUUUUGGAAUGAGCUAUUUGUAGAGUGAUGGCACUGAAAUAAUACGUUAAGCAAGGCUUUGAAAUUAUUCAACUAAAUUGUUUUGACCUUAAAAGUUCUUUUGGAAGUUCACAAUCAUGGAAGCCUAGGCACAUUCAUUGCAAGAAUUCCAGUUUGACGUUUUUUUUGGCAAGACUCACUAGAAUGUUUGCAAAACUGACAAUGAUCUGGACCAUUUCUCUGCUUUAAAGUUGUAAGAUUUGGACUUUUAGUAACCCGAGAUUUGCCCAUCGUGAGAAGGCAAUCAAGAGCACACUCUUGGAUGAAGAAAUGCAGGAUGCUUGAGAGAUGUUACAUGACAAAUGCAGGGAUAAACUAAUUCAAAAGAAGCCCAAUCGAAAAGGUCUAAAUGUGAAUAGUCUACUGGCUGGAUGAUUCGGAUUUGCCUAAUCUGAGUAUAGUUUCGUGAGAUAACCGAAGUCUCCAACACCAAAUGUUUCGCCAAGUCUUACCUAGCAGCAUCAUUCUUGGUAAGCACAUAUUGGUGCCAGUGAUAGCUUGAACCUGCUGAUGGGGUACCCCUUGAUGGAACACAUUCUUGAUAGAAAUCUGAGGUUCAAGUUCCUAGAGCAGUAGAGAAGAUUUCGUCAGGACGUAUAUGGGAAGUGCACUAGAAGAAGUACGUUCCCAGCAUAGUUUAGAUGUUACAUGACAAAUGCAGGAUAAACUAAUUCAAAAGAAGCCCAAUCGAAUAGGUCUAAAUGUGAAUAGUCUACUGGCUGGAUGAUUCGGAUUUGCCUAAUCUGAGUAUAGUUUCGUGAGAUAACCGAAGUCUCCAACACCAAAUGUUUCGCCAAGUCUUACCUGGCAGCAUCAUUCUUGGUAAGCACAUAUUGGUGCCAGUGAUAGCUUGAACCUGCUGAUGGGGUACCCCUUGAUGGAACACAUUCUUGAUAGAAAUCUGUGGUUCAAGUUCCUAGAGCAGUAGAGAAGAUUUCGGCAGGACGUAUAUGGGAAGUGCACUAGAAGAAGUACGUUCCAAGCAUAGUUUAGAAAUUAUGCAACUAAAUUGUUCUAUACGUGAUAUAUUCUUUCGGAUGAACAAAUGAAGGCCAAUACGAGAGAUCAAAAUAAGAAGUGUUGUACCGGAUGGAAUGCCAAAGAAGCCUGAAUCUUUUAAAUGAAAAGGAAAAGGAAAUGUUAAGUCUUGAGUUCGAAAUUGCAAUCAGGACAGGGAAGGCGUGUACCGAAGAAAUUGUUUUUGACGAAAAAAUGGAUACAAAAACCUAAAAAAAAACGAAACGAAUAAAAAAAAGAAAAUAAAAAAGCCAAAAAAAAAAAGAAAACAAAAAAGCCAAAAAAAAACAAUCAUGGCACUGAAGUAGUACGUUCAGCAUGGCUUUGAAAUUAUUCAACUAAAUGUUUUUGACCUUAAAAGUUCUUGCGGAAGUUCACAAUCAUGGAAGCUAAGGCACAUUCUUUGCAACAUUUCAAGUUUGACUUUUUUUGGCAGGACUCACUAGAAGGGUUGCAAAACUAACAAUGAUCUGGACUAUUUCUCUGCUUUAAAGUUGUUAAGCUUUGGACUUUUAGUAACCCGAGAUUUGCCCAUCGUGAGAAGGCAAUCAAGAGCACACUCUUGGAUGAGGAAAAGCUGGAUGCUUGAGAGAUGUUACAUGAUAAAUGAAGGUCGCAGACGCGUACGAUGAAGCUCUGAGCAUUGUGAAACUGGAUUUAGGAGUGGGCAUUAUAAAGCCAAUAUGCAUAUGACGGAGGUUGGAGCUCUAUGAAGUUGCAUUUAGGAGUGGGUGUUUUCAGGCUUAGGUCAUACACAGAAGCGCAACAUCAAGAUUCGAGCACAUUGAAGUUGGUGGUCGGCGUGGGUGAUUAUCACACUGAUCGCAGACGCGUACUGUGAAGCUCCGAGCAUUGUGAAACUGGAUUUAGGAGUGGGCAUUAUAAGGUGAUGCAUAUGGCGGAGGUUGGAGCUCUAUGAAGUAAGAGUGGGUGUCAUCGGGCUUAGCACGGUUUGCAGACUGUCAUUUCAAUGAGACAGUGUUCCCAACCUUGGGGUGAGAAAAAAAUAAAUUAGACCCAGGUACGAAAGAGAUAACGUGGAAUGCAACAGGGUUAUCACAUCUUGACUCAAGAACAAACACAGGAAAAUUGUACGAAAGAGAUAACAUUUUUUUCCAUAGGUUAUACACUCACUAUGUAUAUUUUUUCUUCUUUCUUCUAAUUUUCACAAACAGGCAUAGCUUUGGUUUCUGAAUCAGAUUAGGUUUUAAUGGUCAAUAUUUGUUCAAGUACAACAAAUUAAAAAUUAACUAUGUUUACAUCGAUCUAUUUCAUGCUUUUUAGCUUAAUUGAGGAUGUUCGCGAUCAGUUUAUCUAAAUUAUUUCGAGAAAUUCUUGCACAACUCCAUAAGAAAUAAAUGUUAUAAACUUUCAUUAAGAAAUUGUAUGAUGCAUCAAAUCAAAAACUGAGCUCAUUGUUCAACUUGAGGCCGUUGCAUAAACAAGCUUUGAACUCAGCUAUUCAUACGACAUGCAUGUUCAUAUAAAUAAAAAAAUCAUCACUCAUAUUUCAUAUUUUAUAUUUUAUUAACAUUUGAGUUCCUUGAUAGGAAAUAUUCUUGGAGGAAAUAUUGUCAACUUUUGAAAUAGCAGGCAUCUCAUAUUCCCAUAAGCAAUUCACAGUUUUCAAACAUUUGUUUCUGUUUAAGUCAUAAUUAGAUUUUUACUUUAAAAUAAUUUUCGAAAAACAUAAGCAGUUAGAGGGUUUCUUUUUGUUUCACAGAACUUCAGAAGAAAGGGGUUAAUCUUACGUGGCGGGAGUUUUGUUGAUGAAAAAUAUGAUUGGAUUUAACAUCAAAUCCUUCAACCUAGCUCUGGUUGUGAGCUGCAUUUCGACACAGAACAAUUCUGAAACUAUUCAUAAAGAAAGGGUUUCUACAAGCAAUUCGGGAAGGUGAAUUCUCAAACAAAUUUCUAAUCUGUCAUGUUUGGUGUUAGAAGUGAAAAAGAAAAUGAAGGACUUGAAGGAGACGGGCACUUCUACAGGGAAAAGCCAAAAACUGGACAAGUGAAAGGCGGCGCAUAGAAUUUUUCUAUGGUGUGAGGUCGCAGACGUGUACGGUGAAGCUUCGAGCAUUGUGAAACUGGAUUUAGGAGUGCGCAUUUUAAAGCUAAGGUCGCAGACGUGUACGGUGAAGCUUCGAGCAUUGUGAAACUGGAUUUAGGAGUGCGCAUUAUAAAGCUAAGGUCGCAGUCGCGUACGGUGAAGCUCCGAGCAUUGUGAAACUGGAUUUAGGAGUGGGCAUUAUAAAGCUACGGUCGCAGACGCGUACGGUGAAGCUCCGAGCAUUGUGAAACUGGAUUUAGGAGUGGGCAUUAUAAAGCUAAGGUCGCAGACGCGUACUGUGAAGCUCCGAGCAUUGUGAAACUGGAUUUAGGAGUGGGCAUUAUAAAUCUAAGAGGCCGUUAGGUCCUUCCGCAUCCGUCAGCCGUCACCCUCUGCAUGUGCAAAGCUCAAUCGACCAUCCGCCUGCGAAGCAAUCGCAGAAAUGAAAUGGCCGACACCUAUGGGUCUGCCAAGAAGAAUGCUUCGAGACCAUCAGGUCAGCAGUCUCACCUUCCGCGGGUGUGAAACCCUAGCCCUUCAAAAACAAUUGUUCCUAAAUUUUCAGGCAGUAGAUAAGGUUUUGGAAUGACCUAUUUGUAGUACGUAAAGCAAGGCUUUGAAAUUAUUCAACCAAAUUGUUUUGACCUUAAAAGCUCUUUCGGAAGUUCACAAUCAUGGAAGCCAAGGCACAUUCAUUGCAAGAAUUCCAGUUUGACGUUUUUCUGGCAAGAGUCACUAGAAGUGUUGCAAAACUGACAAUGAUCUGGACCAUUUCUCUGCUUUAAAGUUGUAAGAUUUGGACUUUUAGUAACCCGAGAUUUGCCCAUCGUGAGAAGGCAAUCAACAGAACACUCUUGGAUGAAGAAAUGCAGGAUGCUUGAGAGAUGUUACAUGAUAAAUGCAGGAUAAACUAAUUCAAAAGAAGCCCAAUCGAAAAGGUCCAAAUGUGAGUAGUCUACUGGCCGGAUAAUUCGGAUUUGUCUAAUCUGAGUAUAGUAUCGUGAGAUAACCGAAGUCUCCAACACCAAAUGUUUCGCCAAGUCCUUACCAAGCAGCAGAAUUCUCAACUGAAUUCUUGGUAAGCACAUAAUGGUGCGAGUGAUAGCUUGAACCUGCUGAUGGUACCCCUUGAUGGGACACAGUCUUGCUAGAAAUCUGAGGUUCAAGUUGCUAGAGCAGUAGAGAAGAUUUCGGCAGGAGUUAUAUGGGGAGUGAUGGCACUAGAAGAAGUACGUUCCAAGCAUAGUUUAGAAAUUAUGCAACCAAAUUGUUCAGAUGAACAAAUGAAGGCCAAUACGAGAGAUCAAAAUAACUAUUGUUCUACUGGAUGAAAUGCCAAAGAAGCCUGAAUCUUUUAAAUGAAAAAAGGAAAAGGAACUGUUAAAUCUUGAGUUCGAAUUUGCCAUCAGGAUAGGGAAGGCGUGUAUCGAAGAAAUUGUUUUUGAAGAAGAAAUGGAUACAAAAACCUAUAAAAUAAAGAAAAGAACAAAUAAAAAAGAAAAUAAAAAAGCCAAAAAAAAAGAAAACAAAAAAGAAAACAAAUACAAAAAAAGGCGAAAAAACAAAACAAAAACACAUUUCCCUGUGCUGUUGCUUUAUUCAUGAGGUGUGAAAGCCUAGCCCUGCGAAAACAAUUGUUCCUAAAGCAGCAGAGAAGGUUUUGGAAUGAGCUAUUUAUAGAGUGAUGGCAUUGAACUAGUACGUUAAGCAAGGCUUUGAAAUAAUUCAACUAAAUUGUUUUGACCUUAUAAGUUUUUGUGGAAGUUCACAAUCAUGGAAGCCAAGGCACAUUCAUUGCACGAAAUCCAGUUUGACGUUUCUUUGGCAAGAGUCACUAGAAGGGUUGCUAAACUGACAAUGAUCUGGACCAUUUCUCUGCUUUAAAGUUGUAAGAUUUGGACUUUUAGUAACCCGAGAUUUGCCCAUCAUGAGAAGGCAAUCAAGAGCACACUCUUGGAUGAAGAAAUGCAGGAUGCUUGAGAGAUGUUACAUGAUAAAUGCAGGAUAAACUAAUUCAAAAGAAGCCCAAUCUAAAAGGUCCAAUUGUUUCGUGAGAUAACCGAAGUCUCCAACACCAAAUAUUUUGCCAAGUCUUACCUAGCAGCAGAAUUCUUGGUAAGCACAUAUUGGUGCGAGUGAUAGCUUGAACCUGAUGAUGAUACCCCAUGAUGGGACACAGUCUUGCUAGAAAUCUGAGGUUCAAGUUCCUAGAGGAGUAGAGAAGAUUUCGGCAGGAGUUAUAUGGGGAGUAGUGAUGGCACUAGAAGAAGUACGUUCCAAGCAUAGUUUAGAAAUUAUGCAACUAAAUUGUUCGGAUGAACAAAUGAAGGCCAAUAAGAGAGAUCAAAAUAAGAAGUGUUCUACUGGAUGGAAUGCCAAUGAAGCCUGAAUCUUUUAAAUGAAAAGGAAAAGGAAAUGUUAAAUCUUGAGUUCGAAAUUGCAUUAGGAGAGGGAAGGCGUGUACCGAUGAAAUUGUUUUUGACGAAAAAAUGGAUACAAAAACCUAAAAAAAAAGAAAAGAACAAAAAAAAAGAAAACAGAAAAGCAAAAAAAAAGAAUAGAGAACAAAAAAGCAAAAAAAAAAAAAAAUAGAAAACCAAAACAAAAGAAAACAAAUACAAAAAAAAGGUGAAAUAAAAAAAAAAACUUAUGUCCCAGUGCUGUUGCUUUGUUCAUGAGGUGUGAAAGCCUAUCCAUGCGAAAACAAUUGUGCACAUUCAUUGCAAGAAUUCCAGUUUGACGUUUUUUUGGCAAGAGUCACUAAAGGGUUGCAAAACUGACCAUGAUCUGGACCAUUUCUCUGCUUUAAAGUUGUAAGAUUUGGACUUUUAGUAACCCGAGAUUUGCCCAUCGUGAGAAGGCAAUCAAGAGCACACUCUGGGAUGAAGAAACGCAAGAUGCUUGAGAGUUGUUACAUGAUAAAUGCAGGUGUAUAUAUAUGUUAUGCCUUUGUUCUUUUUAGGCGCCUCUAGUCAUAAUAUUUCUGUUUAAAAAUAGAAUGGUGGGUAUUAACAAGUGUUAUACCAUGUUAUAAUUCCUGAGUUGUAUCAAUAAAAAAUUAACUUCCGUUUGUUUACUAUUACUAGUCUUACAUGAACAUUUUUCUUUUGUGCCUAUUGAUUUUGUUUUUCUAAACAGGAUAAUCUAAUUCAAAAGUAGCCCAAUCGAAAAGGUCCAAAUGUGUGUAGUCUACUGGCUGGAUGAUUCGGAUUUGCCUAAUCUGAGUAUAGUUUCGUGAGAAACCGAAGUCUCAUCACCAAAUGUUUCGCCAAGUCUUACCUAGCAGCAGAAUUCUUGGUAAGCACAUAUUGGUGCCAGUGAUAGCUUGAACCUGCUGAUGGUACCCCUUGAUGGGACACAGUCUUGCUAGAAAUCUGAGGUUCAAGCUCCUAGAGGAGUAGAGAAGAUUUCGGCAGGAGUUAUAUGGGGAGUGAUGGCACUAGAAGAAGUACGUUCCAAGCAUAGUUUAGAAAUUAUGCAACUAAAUUGUUCGGAUGAACAAAUGAAGGCCAAUAAGAGAGAUCAAAAUAAGAAGUGUUCUACUGGAUGGAAUGCCAAUGAAGCCUGAAUCUUUUAAAUGAAAAGGAAAAGGAAAUGUUAAAUCUUGAGUUCGAAAUUGCAUUAGGAGAGGGAAGGCGUGUACCGAUGAAAUUGUUUUUGACGAAAAAAUGGAUACAAAAACCUAAAAAAAAAGAAAAGAACAAAAAAAAAGAAAACAGAAAAGCAAAAAAAAAGAAUAGAGAACAAAAAAGCAAAAAAAAAAAAAUAGAAAACCAAAAAAAAAGAAAACAAAUACAAAAAAAAGGUGAAAUAAAAAAAAAAACUUAUGUCCCAGUGCUGUUGCUUUGUUCAUGAGGUGUGAAAGCCUAUCCAUGCGAAAACAAUUGUGCACAUUCAUUGCAAGAAUUCCAGUUUGACGUUUUUUUGGCAAGAGUCACUAAAGGGUUGCAAAACUGACCAUGAUCUGGACCAUUUCUCUGCUUUAAAGUUGUAAGAUUUGGACUUUUAGUAACCCGAGAUUUGCCCAUCGUGAGAAGGCAAUCAAGAGCACACUCUGGGAUGAAGAAACGCAAGAUGCUUGAGAGUUGUUACAUGAUAAAUGCAGGUGUAUAUAUAUGUUAUGCCUUUGUUCUUUUUAGGCGCCUCUAGUCAUAAUAUUUCUGUUUAAAAAUAGAAUGGUGGGUAUUAACAAGUGUUAUACCAUGUUAUAAUUCCUGAGUUGUAUCAAUAAAAAAUUAACUUCCGUUUGUUUACUAUUACUAGUCUUACAUGAACAUUUUUCUUUUGUGCCUAUUGAUUUUGUUUUUCUAAACAGGAUAAUCUAAUUCAAAAGUAGCCCAAUCGAAAAGGUCCAAAUGUGUGUAGUCUACUGGCUGGAUGAUUCGGAUUUGCCUAAUCUGAGUAUAGUUUCGUGAGAAACCGAAGUCUCAUCACCAAAUGUUUCGCCAAGUCUUACCUAGCAGCAGAAUUCUUGGUAAGCACAUAUUGGUGCCAGUGAUAGCUUGAACCUGCUGAUGGUACCCCUUGAUGGGACACAGUCUUGCUAGAAAUCUGAGGUUCAAGUUCCUAGAGGAGUAGAGAAGAUUUCGGCAGGAGUUAUAUGGGGAGUGAUGGCACUAGAAGAAGUACGUUCCAAGCAUAGUUUAGAAAUUAUGCAACUAAAUUGUUCGGAUGAACAAAUGAAGGCCAAUAAGAGAGAUCAAAAUAAGAAGUGUUCUACUGGAUGGAAUGCCAAUGAAGCCUGAAUCUUUUAAAUGAAAAGGAAAAGGAAAUGUUAAAUCUUGAGUUCGAAAUUGCAUUAGGAGAGGGAAGGCGUGUACCGAUGAAAUUGUUUUUGACGAAAAAAUGGAUACAAAAACCUAAAAAAAAAAGAAAAGAACAAAAAAAAAGAAAACAGAAAAGCAAAAAAAAAGAAUAGAGAACAAAAAAGCAAAAAAAAAAAAAUAGAAAACCAAAAAAAAAGAAAACAAAUACAAAAAAAAGGUGAAAUAAAAAAAAAAACUUAUGUCCCAGUGCUGUUGCUUUGUUCAUGAGGUGUGAAAGCCUAUCCAUGCGAAAACAAUUGUGCACAUUCAUUGCAAGAAUUCCAGUUUGACGUUUUUUUGGCAAGAGUCACUAAAGGGUUGCAAAACUGACCAUGAUCUGGACCAUUUCUCUGCUUUAAAGUUGUAAGAUUUGGACUUUUAGUAACCCGAGAUUUGCCCAUCGUGAGAAGGCAAUCAAGAGCACACUCUGGGAUGAAGAAACGCAAGAUGCUUGAGAGUUGUUACAUGAUAAAUGCAGGUGUAUAUAUAUGUUAUGCCUUUGUUCUUUUUAGGCGCCUCUAGUCAUAAUAUUUCUGUUUAAAAAUAGAAUGGUGGGUAUUAACAAGUGUUAUACCAUGUUAUAAUUCCUGAGUUGUAUCAAUAAAAAAUUAACUUCCGUUUGUUUACUAUUACUAGUCUUACAUGAACAUUUUUCUUUUGUGCCUAUUGAUUUUGUUUUUCUAAACAGGAUAAUCUAAUUCAAAAGUAGCCCAAUCGAAAAGGUCCAAAUGUGUGUAGUCUACUGGCUGGAUGAUUCGGAUUUGCCUAAUCUGAGUAUAGUUUCGUGAGAAACCGAAGUCUCAUCACCAAAUGUUUCGCCAAGUCUUACCUAGCAGCAGAAUUCUUGGUAAGCACAUAUUGGUGCCAGUGAUAGCUUGAACCUGCUGAUGGUACCCCUUGAUGGGACACAGUCUUGCUAGAAAUCUGAGGUUCAAGUUCCUAGAGGAGUAGAGAAGAUUUCGGCAGGAGUUAUAUGGGGAGUGAUGGCACUAGAAGAAGUACGUUCCAAGCAUAGUUUAGAAAUUAUGCAACUAAAUUGUUCGGAUGAACAAAUGAAGGCCAAUACGAGAGAUCAAAAUAAGAAGUGUUCUACUGGAUGGAAUGCCAAUGAAGCCUGAAUCUUUUAAAUGAAAAGGAAAAGGAAAUGUUAAAUCUUGAGUUCGAAAUUGCAUUAGGAGAGGGAAGGCGUGUACCGAUGAAAUUGUUUUUGACGAAAAAAUGGAUACAAAAACCUAAAGAAAAAGAAAAGAACAAAAAAAAAGAAAACAGAAAAGCAAAAAAAAAAGAAUAGAGAACAAAAAAGCAAAAAAAAAAAAAAAAGAAAACCAAAAAAAAGAAAACAAAUACAAAAAAAAAGGUGAAAUAAAAAUAAACAAAAACUUAUGUCUCAGUGCUGUUGCUUUGUUCAUGACGUGUGAAAGCCUAUCCAUGCGAAAACAAUUGUGCACAUUCAAUGCAAGAAUUCCAGUUUGACGUUUUUUUGGCAAGAGUCACUAAAGGGUUGCAAAACUGACAAUGAUCUGGACCAUUUCUGUGCUUUAAAGUUGUAAGAUUUGGACUUUUAGUAACCCGAGAUUUGCCCAUCGUGAGAAGGUAAUCAAGAGCACACUCUGGGAUGAAGAAACGCAAGAUGCUUGAGAGUUGUUACAUGAUAAAUGCAGGAUAAACUAAUUCAAAAGUAGCCCAAUCGAAAAGGUCCAAAUGUGUGUAGUCUACUGGCUGGAUGAUUCGGAUUUGCCUAAUCUGAGUAUAGUUUCGUGAGAAACCGAAGUCUCAUCACCAAAUGUUUCGCCAAGUCUUACCUAGCAGCAGAAUUCUUGGUAAGCACAUAUUGGUGCCAGUGAUAGCUUGAACCUGCUGAUGGGUACCCCUUGAUGGGACACAGUCUUGCUAGAAAUCUGAGGUUCAAGUUCCUAGAGGAGUAGAGAAGAUUUCGGCAGGAGUUAUAUGGGGAGUGAUGGCACUAGAAGAAGUACGUUCCAAGCAUAGUUUAGAAAUUAUGCAACUAAAUUGUUCGGAUGAACAAAUGAAGGCCAAUACGAGAGAUCAAAAUAAGAAGUGUUCUACUGGAUGGAAUGCCAAUGAAGCCUGAAUCUUUUAAAUGAAAAGGAAAAGGAAAUGUUAAAUCUUGAGUUCGAAAUUGCAUUAGGAGAGGGAAGGCGUGUACCGAUGAAAUUGUUUUUGACGAAAAAAUGGAUACAAAAACCUAAAGAAAAAGAAAAGAACAAAAAAAAGAAAACAGAAAAGCAAAAAAAAAAGAAUAGAGAACAAAAAAGCAAAAAAAAAAAAAAAGAAAACCAAAAAAAAGAAAACAAAUACAAAAAAAAAGGUGAAAUAAAAAUAAACAAAAACUUAUGUCCCAGUGCUGUUGCUUUGUUCAUGACGUGUGAAAGCCUAUCCAUGCGAAAACAAUUGUGCACAUUCAAUGCAAGAAUUCCAGUUUGACGUUUUUUUGGCAAGAGUCACUAAAGGGUUGCAAAACUGACAAUGAUCUGGACCAUUUCUCUGCUUUAAAGUUGUAAGAUUUGGACUUUUAGUAACCCGAGAUUUGCCCAUCGUGAGAAGGUAAUCAAGAGCACACUCUGGGAUGAAGAAACGCAAGAUGCUUGAGAGUUGUUACAUGAUAAAUGCAGGAUAAACUAAUUCAAAAGUAGCCCAAUCGAAAAGGUCCAAAUGUGUGUAGUCUACUGGCUGGAUGAUUCGGAUUUGCCUAAUCUGAGUAUAGUUUCGUGAGAAACCGAACUCUCAUCACCAAAUGUUUCGCCAAGUCUUACCUAGCAGCAGAAUUCUUGGUAAGCACAUAUUGGUGCGAGUGAUAGCUUGAACCUGAUGAUGAUACCCCAUGAUGGGACACAGUCUUGCUAGAAAUCUGAGGUUCAAGUUCCUAGAGGAGUAGAGAAGAUUUCGGCAGGAGUUAUAUGGGGAGUAGUGAUGGCACUAGAAGAAGUACGUUCCAAGCAUAGUUUAGAAAUUAUGCAACUAAAUUGUUCGGAUGAACAAAUGAAGGCCAAUACGAGAGAUCAAAAUAAGAAGUGUUCUACUGGAUGGAAUGCCAAUGAAGCCUGAAUCUUUUAAAUGAAAAGGAAAAGGAAAUGUUAAAUCUUGAGUUCGAAAUUGCAUUAGGAGAGGGAAGGCGUGUACCGAUGAAAUUGUUUUUGACGAAAAAAUGGAUACAAAAACCUAAAAAAAAAGAAAAGAACAAAAAAAAGAAAACAGAAAAGCAAAAAAAAAAAAGAAUAGAGAACAAAAAAGCAAAAAAAAAAGAAAAGAAAACCAAAAAAAAAAGAAAACAAAUACAAAAAAAAAGGUGAAAUAAAAAAAACAAAAACUUAUGUCCCAGUGCUGUUGCUUUGUUCAUGACGUGUGAAAGCCUAUCCAUGCGAAAACAAUUGUGCACAUUCAAUGCAAGAAUUCCAGUUUGACGUUUUUUUGGCAAGAGUCACUAAAGGGUUGCAAAACUGACAAUGAUCUGGACCAUUUCUCUGCUUUAAAGUUGUAAGAUUUGGACUUUUAGUAACCCGAGAUUUGCCCAUCGUGAGAAGGUAAUCAAGAGCACACUCUGGGAUGAAGAAACGCAAGAUGCUUGAGAGUUGUUACAUGAUAAAUGCAGGAUAAACUAAUUCAAAAGUAGCCCAAUCGAAAAGGUCCAUAUGUGUGUAGUCUACUGGCUGGAUGAUUCGGAUUUGCCUAAUCUGAGUAUAGUUUCGUGAGAAACCGAAGUCUCAUCACCAAAUGUUUCGCCAAGUCUUACCUAGCAGCAGAAAUCUUGAGAAGAUUUCGGUUGGAGUUAUAUGGGGAGUGAUGGCACUGGAAGAAGUACGUUCCAAGCAUAGUUUAGAAAUUAUGCAACUAAAUUGUUCGGAUGAACAAAUGAAGGCCAAUACGAGAGAUCAAAAUAAGAAGUGUUCUACUGGAUGGAAUGCCAAUGAAGCCUGAAUCUUUUAAAUGAAAAGGAAAAGGAAAUGUUAAAUCUUGAGUUCGAAAUUGCCAUUAGGAGAGGGAAGGCGUGUACCGAUGAAAUUGUUUUUGACGAAAAAAUGGAUAAAAAAACCUAAAAAAAAGAAACGAACAAAAAAAGAAAACAGAAAAGCAAAAACAAAAGAAUAGAGAACAAAAAUGCAAAAAAAAAAAAAUAGAAAACCAAAAAAAAGAAAAGAACACAAAUACAAAAAAAAAAGGCGAAAUAAAAAAAACAAAAACUUAUGCCCCAGUGGUGUUGCUUUGUUCAUGAGGUGUGAAAGCCUAUCCAUGCGAAAACAAUUGUGCCUAAAGUAAGUUUAUCAAUCGUGGAAAAGUAAAGAUAACUCUUUAGUAUAUUUUUCAUAUUAGUAUAUCUCCAACCGUUCAUUACUUUUCAGUUAUCAGGCAGUACAGAAUGUUCUGGAAUGAGCUAUUUGUAGAGUAAUGACACUGAAGUAGUACGUUAAGAAAGGCUUUGAAAUUAUUCAACUAAAUUGUUUUGACCUUAAAUGUUCUUGCGAAAGUUCACAAUCAUGGAAGCCAAGGCACAUUCAUUGCUAGAAUUCCAGUUUGGUAAGCGCAUAUUGGUGCCGGUGAUAGCUUGAACCUGCUGAUGGUACCCCUUGAUGGGACACAGUCUUGCUAGAAAUCUGAGGUUCAAGUUCCUAGAGCAGUAGAGAAGAUUUUGGUAGGAGUUAUAUGGGGAGUGAUGGCACUAGAAGAAGUACGUUCCAAGCAUAGUUUAGAAAUUAUGCAACUAAAUUGUUCGCCUAUUCAGCAAUACAAACAUGAACAUGAAGAAAACAAAUACAAAAAAAAACGGCGAAAAAACAAACAAAACAAAAACACAUGUCCCAAUGCUGUUGCUUUGUUCAUGAGGUGUGAAAGCCUAGCCCUGCGAAAACAAUUGUUCCUAAAUUUUCAGGCAGUAGAGAAGGUUUUGGAAUGAGCUAUUUGUAGAGUGAUGGCACUGAAAUAAUACGUUAAGCAAGGCUUUGAAAUUAUUCAACUAAAUUGUUUUGACCUUAAAAGUUCUUUUGGAAGAUCACAAUCAUGGAAGCCUAGGCACAUUCAUUGCAGGAUAAACUAAUUCAAAAGAAGCCCAAUCGAAAAGGUCUAAAUGUGAAUAGUCUACUGGCUGGAUGAUUCGGAUUUGCCUAAUCUUAGUAUAGUUUCGUGAGAUAACCGAAGUCUCCAACACCAAAUGUUUCGCCAAGUCUUACCUAGCAGCAUCAUUCUUGGUAAGCACACAUUGGUGCCAGUGAUAGCUUGAACCUGCUGAUGGUACCCCUUGAUGGAACACAUUCUUGAUAGAAAUCUGAGGUUCAAGUUCCUAGAGCAGUAGAGAAGAUUUGGGCAGGACGUAUAUGGGAAGUGCACUAGAAGAAGUACGUUCCAAGCAUAGUUUAGAAAUUAUGCAACUAAAUUGUUCUAUACGUGAUAUAUAUUUUCGGAUGAACAAAUGAAGGCCAUUACGAGAGAUCAAAAUAAGAAGUGUUGUACCGGAUGGAAUGCCAAAGAAGCCUGAAUCUUUUAAAUGAAAAGGAAAAGGAAAUGUUAAGUCUUGAGUUCGAAAUUGCAAUCAGGACAGGGAAGGCGUGUACCGAAGAAAUUGUUUUUGACGAAAAAAUGGAUACAAAAACCUAAAAAAAAUGAAACGAAUAAAAAAAAGAAAAUAAAAAAGCCAAAAAAAAAGAAAACAAAAAAGCCAAAAAAAAAACAAUCAUGGCACUGAAGUAGUACGUUAAGCAUGGCUUUGAAAUUAUUCAACUAAAUUGUUUUGACCUUAAAAGUUCUUGCGGAAGUUCACAAUCAUGGAAGCAAAGGCACAUUCUUUGCAACAUUUCAAGUUUGACUUUUUUUGGCAGGACUCACUAGAAGGGUUGCAAAACUAACAAUGAUCUGGACUAUUUCUCUGCUUUAAAGUUGUUAAGCUUUGGACUUUUAGUAACCCGAGAUUUGCCCAUCGUGAGAAGGCAAUUAAGGGCACACUCUUGGAUGAGGAAAAGCUGGAUGCUUGAGAGAUGUUACAUGAUAAAUGCAGAUGUCGCAGACGCGUACGACGAAGCUCUGAGCAUUGUGAAACUGGAUUUGGGAGUGGGCAUUAUAAAGCUAAGGUCGCAGACGCGUACGAUGAAGCUCUGAGCAUUGUGAAACUGGAUUUAGGAGUGGGCAUUAUAAAGCCAAUGUUACACACCGAAGCGCAGCAUCAAGAUUCGAGCACAUUGAAGUUGGAGGUAGGCGUAGGUGAUUGUCAGACUGAGUCGCAGACGCGUACGGUGAAGCUCCGAGCAUUGUGAAACUGGAUUUAGGAGUGGGCAUUAUAAAGCUAAGAUGCAUAUGACGGAGGUUGGAGCUCUAUGAAGUUGCAUUUAGGAGUGGGUGUUAUCGGGCUUAGGUGAGAGUUGUGGUUUUUAUUUUAGUGAAGAAAUGAAUAAGUUUGAUUAUUUAGCGGUGUGUUUAAAAUAAUCUCGGAUUAGCCUUAUUUGGUUUUGAUUUUACGAACGGGCUAACGUUGAGAAAGUUGUAAAGCAAUUUAUUCACAUUUUUGGUUAAGUUUACUGUAUGAUUUAUUUUCCCCGUUAGUUUUUUUAAAAAUUCAGUUCGAGCACAUUGAAGUUGGUGGUCGGGGUGGGUGAUUAUCACACUGAGUAAGUGUUGUGAUUUUCAUUCUGUAGUAAUUAAAAAGAAAAACUUUAUUGCAAGCAUUAGUUUUUUUGAUAUUGUGAGUUUCAGUUUUUGUUGAAAAUAUAUAUAUAAUCAAUGUAAUUUGUUGUUUAUAACUAAAAUUUAUCAUAGUUCUAAAAAGAAUUCAUGUAAGAAAAGUUGAUAUUCAAAAUCCUAAAGUAUUAAGUGAUGUUUUUUCGUAGUGUGUUAGUAUUACUAUGUGGUUUAAUGAAUGAAUACUUUUUGUUAAAAUACUUUUGUAAUUAGGUGCAGGUUGAUGUCCUUAUUCUUUUGUGUUGUAUUGUUUGUUGCUAGAACAACCAAAGUUUUAUAUAUACUCCGAUCUGUUACGUGCUGUUUUUGUUAUCAGUUAAAAACUCCUAAACAGUACUAAUCAUACUCCGUUUAAGGGAUGGAUUCGGGCCGGGUCGGGUCGCCGGUUCAAGAACAGUGGGCCCGAGACCGGCCCGAGGGUUGGACGGGUCCGGUUCGGGUCGGGCCACCUGCCCGGGUCACGGGUCGGGUCCGGUUCGGGCCGGGUCGGUUAAAUUUUUUUUUUUUAUAAUUUAUAUUUUAUAGUUUAUAGUUUUAUACGAGUAUUAAAAACAAACUUCAAUUGCAUUUGUUUGAACACUGGUCAUAAUUCGUUUCUUGCAAAUCAGGAGUUUAUUUUCCUGUUAAGCUAUAUUAUGUCUACCUUCUUGAUAUUUUACAUUUAAAAGCAGUAAAGAAAGAAUAGUAAUUUAGAACUAAUUUCUCUACUCGAAGUUUUGGGUGUGCAGUUGUAUAUUUUUUGCAAAGGCCAUCAUACCUUAAGAUAAAUCAUAUUUGAUUUUACGAACGGGCUAACGUUGAGAAAGUUGUAAAGCAAUGUAUUCACAUAAUUUGUUAAGUUUAUUGUAUGAUAUAUUUCCCCCUUCAGUUUUUUAAAAAAAUCAGUACAGGUUUUGUUUGGCUUUACAUAGGUCAUACACAGAAGCACAACAUCAAGAUUCGAGCACUCCGAACUCGUGUAGAAUUUGAUGCGAUCAUAUCUUGCUCUAUUUUGUGCCGUUGAAAACGUUUAAUAUCUCAUUGGAAAGAUCUUAUCGAGUUGUAAAACUUGUCUUCAGGCACUGGUUUAGAAAUAUCAAGGGAUGAUUGCCUGAUUACUAAAAUACACUGUAUUUACGCUAAAAGUGCUCUAUUUUCGUUGAAAACGCUAAAUCAUAGAGAUAAGGCUAAGUAUUUGUGACACUAUAUCUUGUUGUGUGUUAAUCCGUUUGGAGCGUAUUUGAUCUCGUUGGAAAGAUAGAUCAGAGCUCUAAAGCUAUUGUUCAAACUUCAUUUACAAUGCAUUAAAUAAAAGUUACAGAUUAACCAUAUAUUCACAAAUGUAUAUGAUUUCACUCUGAACUCUUGUGGAAUUUGAUGCGAUCAUAUGUUGCUCUAUUUGUGUCGUUGAAAGUGUUUAAUAUCUUGUUGGAAAGAUCUUACCGAGUUCUAAAACUUGUUUUCAGGCGUUGGUUUCAAAAUAUCAAGGGAUGAUUGCUUAAUUACUAAAAUACACCGUAUUUACGCUAAAAGAGCUCUAUUUUCACUGAAAACUCUAAAUCAUAGAGAUAAGGCUGGUAUUUGUGACACUCAUAUCUUGCUGUGUGUUUAUCCGUUUAAAGCGUAUUAUAUCUCGUUGGAAAGAUAGAUCAGAGCGCAAAAGUUAUUGUUCUAAUUUCAUUUACAAUGCAUUAAUUAAAAGUUACAGAUUAACAAUAUAUUCACAAAUGUUUAUGAUUUCACUCCGAACUCGUGUAGAAUUUGAUGCGAUCAUAUCUUGUUCUAUUUUGUGCCGUCGAAAGCGUUUAAUAUCACUUUGGAAAUAUCAUAUCGAGUUCUAAAACUUGUCUUGAGGAGCUGGUUUCAAAAUAUAAAUGGAUGAUUGCCUAAUUAAUAAAAUACACUGUAUUUACGCUAAAAGUGCUCUAUUUUCGUUGAAAACGCUAAAUGGAUGAUUUGUGACACUCGUAUCUUGCUGUGUGUUUAUCCAUUUGGAGCGUAUUAUAUC